AACAGAUUUGAAGGAAAUGAAAAAAAGUGCAUUUUCCCUCUCAAGUUUGUCUGACUCCCUCAAAAUAUUUUGGCUCUUUUCUUCUCUUUUCUUUUACGUUUACGGGCCCUUCAUCCCUACAACGACACGAGACCCCGUCGUCUCGACGACGCCCGACACGGAUGGUCACGGCCCCGAUGCACACGGCCCCGAUGGACACAGCCCUGAUGGACAUAGCCCCAAUGUUUCGGUGUCUCUGUUGCAACUCCACAUCCAAGAACAAUAUGUUGUGAUGGAGAAUGAAAUAAUUGCAGUGACGAUAUCGAAUCCGAUGGGAUUUGUCACCGGAAUAGAAUACCAUGGGAUUGAAAACUUGCUUGAUGUGACCAAUCCUGAAGAUGAUAGAGGAUAUUGGGACGUUGUUUGGAACACCGCAGGAGCGAAAGGAACCAAAGGCAUGUUUGAUCGAAUUGAAGCAACAGAUUUCAAGGUAAUCGUACAAAAUGACGAACAGAUAGAACUCUCAUUCAGCAGAACUUACAAUUCAUCCUCCGGAGACGACGUAGUUCCUUUGAAUGUCGACAAAAGGUUCGUGAUACUACGAAAUUCAUCAGGAUUCUAUUCGUACGCCAUUUACGAACACUUGAAAGAAUGGCCAGCGUUUAACAUCGACAACACCAGAAUCGCAUUCAAGCCGCGAAAAGACAAGUUUCGGUACAUGGUAGUAGCAGAUGAGAGACAGAGAUUCAUGCCUUUACCAGACGAUCGGAAGCCACCGCGAGGGGUAGCCCUAGAGUAUCCAGAGGCCGUCCUCCUUGUGGUUCCUAUAGAACCCGAGUUCAAGGGAGAGGUAGAUGACAAGUACCAAUACGGGUGCGAAAGCAAAGACAGUCGGGUUCACGGGUGGAUAUCCAACGACCCGCCCAUUGGCAUUUGGCAAAUCACAGCCAGCGAGGAGUAUCGCUCCGGUGGGCCCCUCAAACAAGUUCUCACCUCCCAUGUGGGUCCCACCUCCCUUACAGUUUUCCAUAGCGCUCAUUACGCAGGAGCGGCUAUGGUGAUACGGUUUGGAAGUAACGAGGCAUGGAAGAAGGUGUACGGCCCUGUCUUUAUACAUAUCAAUUCCUUGCCUGAAAAAGAAGAUCCACUCGGACUUUGGCAAAAUGCUAAACAACAGAUGAAUGCUGAAGUUCAAAGCUGGCCUUACAAUUUCCCUGCGUCUAAGGAUUUUAUCAAAGCAGACCAACGAGGCACCGUCAGCGGCAGAUUCAUGAUCCGUGAGAGAUAUGUGAGUAAUGAAUCCAUACCUGCAAGUGGUGCAUAUGUGGGGUUGGCACUUCCUGGGGAACUUGGCUCCUGGCAAACAGAAAGCAAGGGCUACCAAUUCUGGAGCAGAGCAGAUGAGAAUGGACAUUUCACUUUGGAAAAUGUUCUCAGUGGAAAUUAUAGUCUUAAUGGAUGGGUCUAUAAUUUUAUCAGCGAGUACCAAUAUGAUGCUUUCAUCACUGUAACCCCAGGCAGCGAUAUCGAUGUGGGUGAACUUGUUUUCGAGCCCCCAAGAGAUGGUCCUACAUUAUGGGAAAUAGGCAUUCCAGAUCGUACUGCUGCAGAAUUCUAUGUACCAGAUCCUAGUCCCAAGUUUAUUAAUAAACUUUUUGUCAAUCAUUCAGAUAAGUUUAGGCAGUAUGGAUUAUGGGAAAGAUACGCAGAAUUAUAUCCUAAGGAGGACCUAGUUUAUACGGUUGACCAAAGUGACUACAAAAAAGAUUGGUUCUUUGCACAAGUUAACAGGAAGAUAGACGACAACAACACAUAUGUAGGAACUACUUGGAAAAUUGAGUUCAAAAUUGACAGUCCAGAUACACAUGGAACAUAUAAGCUGCGUCUUGCAUUGGCCACUGCACAUGCUGCAGAAUUACAAGUUCGAGUGAAUGAUGCACAAGCAGUUACCCCGUUAUUCACAACUGGAGUAAUUGGAAAGGACAACACUAUAGCUAGACAUGGAAUUCACGGCCUGUACCGGUUUUACAGUGUCGAUAUUCCAGGCAGUGAGCUUGUGGCGGGCAACAAUACGAUUUUUCUUACACAAACAAAUGACCACGGUCCUUUUGUUGGGAUUAUGUAUGAUUAUAUUCGUUUAGAAGGACCCUUAACGUCCUAAAUGUAAAUAGUUCAAUUGAAUGUUUUGCAGAGUGAUUAUCCAAUGCAAUCAACUCUAUUGCCUUUAUUUGGUGGAAAUUGAGGAAAUUAAGUGCCCAAAUUCAA